AGAUUAUCAAACACUCUUGACAUCUUUUCCUGUAACAACGAAGGUUUAAUAAAAUGUCAAACCCUUGCCACGGAAACGUCCUUAAGGAUCUUCACGUCAGAGACGCAGACAAGCACGACGCACUCGUCGCAGAAUCCGAAACUCUCCCUUCUGUAUCACUUACUGAACGUCAAUUAUGCGAUUUAGAACUCAUUAUGAACGGUGGUUUCUCCCCAUUGGAAGGUUUCAUGAACAAGAAGGACUACGAGGGUGUUGUUGAAAACAUGAGAUUAACAGAUGGUCUUGUUUUCACUAUCCCAGUCACCUUAGACCUUUCCAGUGAAAAAAUCAAGGAAUUAGGCCUUUCAGAAUCUUCUAGAGUCACUCUCCGUGAUCCAAGAGACGAGAACCCACUCGCUAUUAUUACUAUUGAGGACAUCUGGCAACCAAACAAGGAAAACGAGGCCGCAAAGGUCUUUGGUGCAGGUGAAAACGACCUCGCACACCCUGCUAUCGCCUACCUUCACAACAACGUCAAGGAUAGCUACGUUGGUGGUAAGGUUCAAGCUGUCAACCCACCACUUCACUACGAUUACGUCGCUCAACGUUUCACUCCAGCUGAGUUACGUUCUCACUUCAAGAAGCUCGCAUGGAGAAAGGUUGUCGCCUUCCAAACACGUAACCCAAUGCACAGAGCUCACAGAGAACUCACUGUCCGUGCUGCUCGCCAGCGUCAAGCUAACGUCUUGAUUCACCCUGUAGUUGGUCUUACCAAGCCAGGUGACGUUGACCACUUCACAAGAGUUAGAGUUUACCAAUCAAUUAUGCCAAAAUAUCCAAACGGAAUGGCCCAAUUAGCUCUCUUGCCUUUAGCUAUGCGUAUGGCUGGUCCACGUGAAGCCGUUUGGCACGCUAUCAUCCGUAAGAACUUCGGUACUACUCACUUCAUUGUCGGUAGAGAUCACGCUGGUCCAGGUAAGAACAGCCACGGCAAGGACUUCUACGGUCCAUAUGAUGCCCAAGAGCUUGUCACAUCAUUCAAGGACGAACUCAAAAUUGAAAUGGUUCCUUUCCAAAUGAUGACCUACCUCCCUGAAACCGACGAAUACCAACCAGUCGAUGAAGUUCCACAAGGCACCCCAACCGCCAACAUCUCAGGUACUGAACUUCGCCGUCGUCUCAAGACUGGUGCUCACAUUCCUGAUUGGUUCUCAUACGACUCAGUUGUCAAGACUCUUCGUGAAUCUUACCCACCAAGACUUCAACAAGGUUUCACUAUUAUGUUGACUGGUUUAUGGAACUCUGGAAAAGAUCAAAUUGCUAAGGCCUUACAAGUCAAGCUUAACGAGCAAGGUGGUCGCUCUGUCAGUUUGUUACUCGGUGAAACUGUCAGACAAGAAUUAUCAACAGAAUUAGGAUUCUCACGUGAGGACAGACACAAGAACUUGCAAAGAAUUGCCUUCGUAUCUGCAGAAUUAAGCAGAGCAGGUGCUGCAGUCAUUGCAUCACCAAUCGCACCAAUUGAAGAGUCACGUAAGCAAGCACGUAAGACAGUUGAGACAACUGGUGGUGCAGGUAACUUCUUCUUGAUCCAUGUCGCUACCCCACUUGAUAUUUGUGAAAAGACUGACAGAAGAGGUGUAUACGCAAAGGCACGUAAGGGUGAAAUCAAGAACUUCACUGGUGUAUCAGAUGACUAUGAAGAACCAAAGGAUGCUGAUCUCACCGUAGAUGUCGCGCAACAACCAAUUUCAGAAAUCGUCCACAGCAUCGUUUUGUUGCUUGAAGGUGAAGGUCUCGUUUAAAGGGGAAUUUUUCUAUAGAUGGUUGUUUUAGAUGUACUGCAUACAAUUUCUUAUAAUUAGUUUGAUUAGUUGGCCGUCGAGACCUACUCGACGCUCAAAUACG